CGCAGCCGAAAAUACCAACCUCGACCGCUCCUGAGGCGGCGCCCGACAACCGCAUGGAUGUCGUGCCGGAAGGAGGGCAGCAGCCCUCAGGUGCAGCCCCUGAUGCUACACAUCAGAAGAGGACCGACGGUGUCUCUAUGACCGCCACUUGUAAAGAGGUUCGGACUCCCAUAGAGACCAAAUCGCGCUCCAUAGACUGGUGGCAGCAAGGGGCCGGGGAAGUGGAUCAGACAAAGGAGUUGGAGGACAGUCUACUGCACAGCGAUGGCAGCCCAGACCGAUCCACCUCAACUCCUUAAAGUCAUACAAAUCAACCUCCAGCACAGCUACACCGCGACGGCUAACCUGCGACGUUUGCUGGAGGGAAACACCGAGACCAUAGCCCUAAUCCAGGAGCCGUGGAUUAGGAAAGGCAAUAUAUGUGGUCUCAACAACAUCGGAGGCAAACUUUUUACUGCUACCGAAGAGAUCUAACCGCUGUGAAGCUCCAGGCAGAUGACCGCCUAGGCCUAUCAGACGUGGUCGUAGCGUCGGUCUAUUUGCCGGGGGAAGAGGAGGUACCAACACCGGAGCUCACCGCGCUAGUCAGCUACUGCGAGACAGAGAGGCUGGAACUAAUCAUCUCCGCUGACUCCAACGCACAUCACACCAUCUGGGGCAGCCAAAAGACCAAUAAAAGAGGUGAGGACUUACUUACGUACCUUUUCUCAACUAACCUUAAUAUACUUAACAGGGGCUCCGAGCCUACCUACGUUACGGCGCGAGCCCAAACUAUAAUCGACCUAACACUGGCAACCGACCAUGUCUCUUCUCUCGUCAAUGACUGGCACGUGUCAGACGAACCUUCAUGCUCGGAUCACAGAUGGAUUAGGUUCAACCUUCGCUUAAACACCAAACCUGCCCUGCCAAGGCGGAACCCGCGCAAAACGGACCGCACCAAAUACGACAGAUUGGUGAGAAAUGAGCUUAUGGCCAUUUCCCUACCAGACGAUUAUAACGGUACCGCAGGUAUAGAAACUCAUGUAACUAACAUAACUCAAACACUUAUCAACAGCUAUGAACAGACGUGUCCUCUUACUUCGACAAAGCCCAACUCAAUCGACAAAAGUGUGUGGUGGGGUCCAGAGUUAGACAGGCUGCGCUGCAAAGUAAGGAAGCUGUUCAACAGAGCCAAAAAUACUCGGGCACCAGACGACUGGGAUGCAUAUAAACAGGCCCAAUAUCGUUUCAAGAGGCGCAUCCGCGAAAGGAAGAGAGAAAGCUGGAGACGCUUCUGUACUAACAUUGAAUCCACAAACCAAGCGGCUAAAGUAAAAAACAUCCUUUCACGCGACCCAGAGCGUAAUCUGGGUUGCUUGAAAAAAUCUGACGGCACAUACACCAAAUCCGACCCCGAGACCUGCGAACUACUCCUGCAAACUCACUUCCCUGGAUGCCGCAUCACAAACAACCAGACCUCCAUCCGUAAGUUGUUACGUUCAAUUGAGUCGUAA